AUGGGGUCCAACAUCAAAAUCAUGCCUCUCAGAUAUGAGACAUGCGACGUAAAGGAUCUGGGUUACUUGAUCAGUAACAUGCUCAUGGAACUGAUUCGCCUUAACGACCCAAUCCCCUUGACUGGCCGCCUGACGAGGUUUCAUUCUAGAGCCCCACCUGGCAUUUCAUGUCAUGACUAUCUGCAGCGUCUCAUUCAGCACGCUACUCUCUCGCCACCAAUCCUUCUUUCUGUUGUCUACUACAUCGACCGCUUGUGCUCACUUUAUCCUUCUUUUACCAUCAGUUCCCUCACUGUCCAUCGCUUCCUUAUCACGGCUGCCACUGUUGCUGCAAAGGGUCUGAGUGAUAGUUUCUGGACGAACCCUACUUACGCGAGAAUCGGUGGUAUCAGUGUCAGCGAACUUGCAACUCUAGAGAUGGAGUUCUUGGAAAAGGUUCAAUGGCGCAUCGUACCUAGGCCAGAGGUUCUGGUCGACUACUAUGUCAGUCUUGUCCAGAGAUGUGAAGGCUACCAACUCGAGGCCGCCAGCGAGUCGGAACCAACCUGA